GUUUUUUUUUCACUCCGGUCAGUAGAAAACUCGCGAAUCGGUCUGUGUCCGAACGAUUCCGGUCCGUAAUUUAACCAGAUAACGCGACACCCCUCCCUCCCACGAUGGCCUCCAACACGGGCGGCAUCAAGCCGAUGACCAUCGCGGGCCGCAUGGUCCGCGAGCGGGAACGUCUGCUCGGGAUGAGCCCGGAGGAACGCGCGUGGCGGGCGCAGUGGCUCAAGGAUCAGCAGCUGGCCCACAACGAGCCCCGUUACGUGCCCGAGUACUGGAAGGAGCGGCUGAACCCGAUCCGCCGGGUGUACCGCGCACCGCUCGACAUGGUCCAGAAGGGGCUGACGCCGGUUCUGGGACUCGAAUGGGCUCACGCGAUUCGAUUCUGGACCGGCAAGGUUGCCCUCGGCGCAUUCGCCAUCCUGGCCACGACGUACUACUUCAAGUACAACCAGAAUGACUGGACGCGAAAGGGCGGCUGGCGAGUGAUCCACUCCCGGAAGGCGGUCUUCCCCGGUGAUCCAGGCUAUCCCAAAUUCGACAAGCGCACCGAGCCGGCUGAAUACGCGGCGCGUGGCUUCAGACAGUCACCGAUUUAAAGGGUUUGUUCCGUUGUCGUUGCUGCGGCGGAUGAUUGUGUAGAUUUGUUCGGGGUUAAAUACAUUGGAAAAGCAUUGUGGAA